CCUUCAGGCGCAAAAUAUAUGCAAUUUUGUUGAAAAUUGCCUCGUUAGUUUAUUUCGACCGGCAGGGCAAGGAUAGCGCGGAUUUCCCGGCUUAGAAACGAUGUCACUACCGUAUAACGUGCGAGCGCUUACGAAACGCCUACUGCUCCACAGAUGUAACGGAUCAUCACACUGGACUCGCUCGUUUGCGGUCAAGACCGGCGAAGUGGGUGGCGGUGGACGUGCCAGUAACCUCGAGGGGUCGACGGUGAAUGUUCCUUCCAACGAAAUCGUCACCCCUUUGCCACCGCUGUCACAACCGAUCCCGGAUCUGCCUCCAGUUGAGUAUGCCCGACCGGGUGAUCAGAACAAUGCGACACAAGUAACCCGGCUCAGCAAUGGGCUGCGAGUCGCGUCCGAGAACCGUUUCGGCCAAUUCUGCACUGUCGGCGUGGUGAUUGACUCUGGACCACGGUAUGAGCUAGCCUAUCCGAGCGGUAUUUCACAUUUCCUCGAAAAGCUAGCCUUUCAAUCGACCGGCGAGUUUGGAGAACGAGAUGUGAUAUUCCGUGAGCUCGAACGCCACGGAGGAAUCUGUGAUUGUCAGAGUUCGCGCGAUACCUUCGUUUACGCGGCCAGUGCCGACAGUCGGGGGUUGGAAUCUGUUACUCGUAUCCUGUCGGAAGUGGUGCUACGGCCCCGCCUAUCGGUAGAUGAGAUCGAACUAGCACGGCAAGCAGUUCAGUUCGAUCUGGAAACGCUCGGUAUGCGUCCGGAACAGGAACCAAUUGUGAUGGAUAUGGUACACGCUGCGGGAUACCGGGACAACACGCUGGGUUUCCCCAAGCUCUGCCCAACCGAUAAUGUGCCCAAGAUCAAUCGUGAUACGUUGCUCUCCUACCUUGGGCACCAUCACACGCCGGACCGUAUGGUGCUGGCCGGUGUCGGUGUACCGCACGAUGACCUGGUACGGUAUGCAGAACGCUUCUUCGUCCAAGGAUCGGCAACGUGGGAAAGUGAGCGGAGCACCUCCGUGCACCCGAAAUCAGUCGACACUUCGAUCGCCCAGUACACGGGUGGUUCGAAACUGGAAGAGUGUGCCAUUCCCGUGUACGCUGCGGUCGGUCUUCCCGAGCUGGCUCACGUCGUGAUAGGGCUGCAAGGAUGCUCGCACCAGGACAAAGACUUCAUUGCUGCGUGCGUAUUGAACAUGAUGAUGGGCGGCGGAGGAUCGUUUUCGGCCGGUGGUCCCGGCAAAGGCAUGUACACCCGGCUAUACACGAAUGUGCUCAACCGAUACCACUGGAUGUACAGUGCGACGGCCUACAACCAUGCGUACGCCGAUACCGGAUUGUUCUGCAUUCACGCGACCGCACCACCAUCGCACGUACGCAACCUUGUGGAGGUGAUUACGCGGGAACUGUUCACGAUGCAAUCACGGCCUGGCGACCAGGAGUUGCGACGUGCCAAGACACAGCUGCAAUCGAUGUUGUUGAUGAACCUUGAGGCCCGCCCCGUUGUGUUCGAAGACAUUGGUCGCCAAGUGUUGGCGACGGGUGAACGAAGGCGACCGGAGCACUUCAUACAGGAAAUCGAGAAAAUCACAGCCGAGGAUGUACAGAAUGUGGCACGCAAGAUGCUCUCGUCCGCUCCGGCACUGGCGGCUCGGGGUGAAAUUAAAGGCAUUCCCGACGUGAAAGAUAUCUCCGCGGCACUCGUUAAUGAAGGUCGAUUACCUGGCAAUCGACGGUUGUCGCUGUUUCGAUAGAAUUGAAUAAUCACAGCGCGCCACUUGAGUUCUAGUUUUUGCUGUAGGAGUGUGAUCCGGUCCUUAAUAGGGAUUAUUCGUGUGAGGAGCGUUGGGGGAUGUAGUUAUCUCCCCGCAUUGGACUAUGAGAGGUCAAUCAAUGAAAUUAGAAUUCGAAUCGUGGUUAAGUUGGCCGAAUUUCCAAAAGAGAACGGGGCAAACUCUAAAGCGAACAUGCAAAUACAUUAUCGUAACAAACUCCAUCGGUGCAAUUCA